AUGUUCUUUCCUGCUCUGCUGCUGCUGGCUCUGUCUUCAGUGGAAGGUUCAAAAGAGUGCCCUCACCACUGCCUCUGCUACGAACACUCGGAUCUGGUGGACUGCCGAGCGCGCGGGUUCCUCCACGUGCCCGAUGGCCUGUCCCAUGGCACCUGGCUGCUGGACCUGGGUGGCAACUUGCUGAUGGAAGUGCGGAGCCGUGCCUUUGCCGGACUUUGGUCACUGCGGGUCCUGGUGCUCUCUGACAGUGGAAUCCAGCUGCUGCAGCCCGAGGUAACACCUGCUAAACCCAUAUAAUGUCGUACAAUAUACUCGUGGGGGGCCUACUGUGUACAUUUUUGUUCUAGCCCAGCACUAGUAAUGGAUUGAGAAACACUCAAUAGCCUAUGCAUUAAUUAACAUUAGUGGCAUAGUUUAGCAUAAGGAUUUGAUUGUUGAUAUGAGGGUUUGAUGCCGAUUGUCAUAUUUUUCAUAUUCAUAAUUUUUUGUACCCUCCUCCUCGCCCAGGCCUUCUACUCCCUCUCCUUUCUGGAGAAGCUGGACAUGAGCCGUAACGAGCUGCGCCGGCUGCCGUCGGACUUCUCCCACAGUCUGUCCUCGGUCCGGGAGAGAGCCUAGAGAAGCUGGACCUCAGCCACAACCACAUCACCUUCCUGCAGCCAGGGGUCUUCCGGGGCCUGUCUCGCUUGCGCCACCUCUACCUCCAUGCCAACCAGCUGGGAGCUGUGCGCCAUGGCUCCCUGUCCAUGCUGCCGGUCCUGGAGGCCCUGCAGCUGGGCCAGAACAACAUCUCUCACAUCGACACGGAGGCUCUGGCUCCCCUGCACACUCUGCUGGGCCUGGAGGGAAACCAGCUGCAGCACCUUAAGUUCAAGACCUUCCUGAGCCUCCACACGGCCGGCACCCACCUGCAGCUGGCUGGCAACCCGUGGAACUGCGACUGCGACCUGCACCGGGUCUUCAGCAAGCUGCUGAGUGUGCGCCACCUGCACGUUGACGACUACCACAACGUGACGUGCCGCGAGCCUCUGCAGCUGGCGGGCGCCUCGCUGGCGUGGGUGGACAGCCAGUUGUGCAUGGCAGAGACGGCCACCGUGCUGGUUAUCACUGUGACGGUGCUGGUGACUGUGUUGGCAGCUGUGGUCAUGGCCGAGCGCACCCGCAAGAAGAACCAACAUGGCGGCAAGAGCUGGGAUGAUGAGUCGCAGACCCAGGAAAGGUGACUGUCAUGAGGGAGGGACACUGAGUGAGCGUAUAAUCAGUUUGAUCUAGGAUCAUAUUUCACACCAUGCUCCCUGGUCAUUUUAUGUUUGAAGAAAAAAAAGAAUGGGGCCAUUUCCCUUCUGCAGCAAACUGACUGUGAGGUUUCAUAACACACCUCAGGCUCAGACACUCCUUAACAUUCAGUUGAACUUGUUGGAGGCACUCAUUCGCUCUGUUAUUUCAUCAUGGUCAUAAUGCAUGGCCCAAUCUGGUUCCAAGUGUCUAAGUAACAAUAUUUUAGAGUAUGAGCAGUUUUGUAUGAUGUAUCUAGAAGUCUGUGACUUGUGGAACUGGAGGAAUGGGCAUCAUUUGUUUUCUGUGCAGCAUGCAACUUUGUCAUCAUUAUGUUUCGGUGUAUCAUUUAAGACCUACCUGAAGUAUUUGACUGCUUACAAUUUGUCCUGUUAAUUUAUUUAUUAACUCCAGUACAGUGUUUGUCUUUUUCUGUUCAACAUUUUCUCUUCAAUGUCUAUUCCAUUUCUGCACACUGUGUAGAAAACAUAGGUGUCAUGUUUCAAAUGUAGGCCUAUCCUCCAAGUACAGCAGUUAUUUUUGUCUCAUGAAUGAUGAUGAUUAUACUCUAACACAUGGAUAUGUUUGAUAGGGAAUUUAUUGUAUAUAGAUGGUAAUAAAGUAUUAUUUUUGGGGGGACUCUGCCUUGUGAUGUACAGUACCUGGCUUAAAUCUUUGCCAGAUUUGAGUAUAGGGGUCUCCACUUGCCCUAUUCCAUGCACUGCACUAGAGCUAAAAUCUCCCUUCGAUGAUCAACAUCUGCUUUAGUCAACAUCAGAUUAUUCACCAAUUAAUCACCACUAUUCCAGCUCACACACAGAUUAAAGCUGGUUUCAAUCUAUCUAGGGCUGCCAUGAUGUGUCAAAAUGAAAAUGCACAGAAUUGAGUCGCUGUUCUCCCCUUUUAGAUGAAAACUUGCGUUUGGUAACAUACGUUUUGCUUGUGGGUUUGGCCUCCAGCCUGGAGAAGCCGGACCUCGGCCACAAACACAUCACCUUCCUGUGGGUUUGGUGA